UGGUAUUUCUCAGUUCCGGUUUGCGCCACACACGCACCUGCGGUUUUUGUUUCCGUGUGAUGCAGACUUUACAGUGAAUAUAUUUAUGCUAAUGUAAGAACAACCUUUGGAAGACCCAGCGUCAACGGUAAAUCAAUUCAAAUGAGUUCCACGCAAUGGGUUUGAGGCCAGACUAUAUCUUUUGUCACUGCUGGACGCAGUAAUCGUACCAGAAGUUGUCAGCGCGAAUAUUAACACAAAAAAAGUGGUGGCAGCUGGCAUUGGAUUCACCCGAUUCACCAGUCAUUCUCCGGCUCAGAAACACCAGUUCCCAUUGUGCCAUGUAAAAGUCAUCACGUCUUGCACUACCAUCAACAAAUUUCAUUCAUCACUUUGAGUUUUUGUGAAGCUCUCACUCGACCAUUUCCACUGGAUUCUCAUUCUCCAAUUCUUCCUGCAAAAAAAAAUCUACAUGACUAGAGUGUGUUUAUGAGUGGAUAACGUGGAAUAUCUGUAAGAGUGAUUUUUGGUGUGAUCUAGCGUGCCAACCCAAGUAAGAAGUCAACAAUGCGAAUACGUGGUUCACCUUUUGGACGAUCACUAUAUCAAAAAUUGCUCCUUCUCACCGUCAUCGCUAUAAGCUUCAUAUUCUACUUUAAAUUCAUAAAAUUCAGUUCAGAGCACCUCAAUGCCAAUCCAGAAAGCAAUCUUGUGGACGUUAGCGAUUUGGAUAGCCUAAAUCCUCUAGAGAAGCUUAUACGGGCAGAUCUAUUGAAGCAGGAACGUGGAUUGGGGGAUCGUGGGAAAUCUGUGGCAUUAGUGGGUGCAUCAAAAACGAAGGGUGAUGAAGAUGUCAAGAGAAUAGCUCUCAAUGAGGAACUCAGUGAACAUUUGAGCUACAACAGAACAGUGCCUGAUGCCAGAAAUCCUCAAUGUAGAAACAUCCACUAUGAUCUCAACGAUUUGCCCACUGCAAGUGUUAUUAUUAUUUUCUACAAUGAACCUUAUUCGGUUCUAGUGAGAACAGUACACAGCGUCCUCAAUACGGGUGACACAAGAAUUCUUAAGGAAGUCAUCCUAGUAGACGAUGCAAGUGUGAAUGUAGAACUCAAGGACAAGCUCGAUUACUACAUUGAGACACGUUUUCCCAAAAAUGUUCGGCUUAUCCGAUUGAAAAGCAGGUUAGGUCUUAUUCGUGCCAGAUUAGCAGGGGCACGAGCUGCACGUGGUGAUGUCCUCUUAUUUCUGGAUGCCCACUGUGAAUGUGUAGAGAAGUGGCUAGAACCCCUUCUGGCCCGUAUAAAAGAAUCACGAACUAGUGUUCUAGUACCGAUAAUAGAUGUGAUCGAUGCAAAGGACUUUCACUAUAGCAGCAAUGGGUACAGUACCUUCCAGGUUGGAGGAUUCUCCUGGAGUGGCCACUUUGACUGGAUUGACAUUUCGGCACGUGAGCGCGAUCGUCAAGCACGGGAGUGUCCUGAGAAGAAUGUUGAUGUUUGCCCAACUUAUAGUCCGACAAUGGCUGGUGGAUUAUUUGCCAUUAAUCGUGAAUACUUCUGGGAAAUUGGCAGCUAUGAUGAGCAGAUGGAUGGCUGGGGUGGUGAAAAUCUUGAGAUUUCUUUCAGAGUAUGGCAAUGUGGGGGAACAAUUGAAACGAUCCCAUGCUCACGUGUCGGACACAUCUUCAGAGAUUUUCAUCCAUACUCUUUCCCAGACAAUAGAGACACUCAUGGAAUCAAUACCGUUAGAAUGGCACUAGUCUGGAUGGAUGAAUACAUAAAUUUGUUUUUCAUGAAUCGGCCAGAUCUUAAGAAUAACCCUGAGGUGGGCGAUGUUACACAUAGAAAAAUCCUAAGAGAUAAGAUGAGAUGCAAGAGCUUCGACUGGUACCUGAAAAAUGUCUUCCCGGAAAAGUUUAUACCAACGAGAGGAGUUCAGGCGUAUGGACGUGUAAAGUCGCUAUCAUCUAAUAUGUGCCUCGAUGAUUUGCAGCAAGAUCGCGAAAUGCCUUUCAAUGUUGGGAUAUACGGCUGUCAUGGGCCCCAUGUGGCUCAUUCGCAGUUUUUCAGCCUGACUCGUGAUGGUGUACUUCGCAUAGAAGAAGCAUGUGCUUCUGUCCAAGAAAGCAAAUCUUCCAAGAUGUUCGUAAUUAUGUCGAGCUGCAACAAGUACAAUUCCGUGAAUGAUCGGUGGGAAUUGACAGCUGGUAAACAACUUAGGUAUGUUAAAUUGAAUCUCUGCCUUGAUUUGCGGGAUCUCAAGGAGAUGGACUAUGUUUACGUAACUGAAUGUGAGUCUGACAGUGAAUCACAACUCUGGGAUAUUACGCACUGAGAUAAUUUACAGAACAAGCUGAGAUUGUUUUACCUUCAAUGGGUGCUCUUGCUGACUUCCAGAAAGAAAAUCCAACAUCACAUUCUAUUUGCUGUGAUAACUGUUCUUUAUGAAAAUUCCUUCCAAAAUUCCAUCCUUCAUAAUAUGCAUUCCUAAAAAUUAAUUUUCAUCGUCAUUCUACCGAGGAUUAAUUGGGGCUUUUUAGGAAAAUUUGUGUACACCAUUUCUAGAAAAAAAAAGAGCUAGGAAAUAACUACAAGAUUGUGGUAACCAUUUUUAAAUACACUCAGUCCCGGCAUUAAGUCGUUCAGGAUUAUGCACCUGACGGAAUUAUGCACAUACAAUUAUGCAAGUUUGUCUACUUUUGGGAGUUAAUUUAUGAAAUCAUUUUUGAAAUAUGCCUGAAUAUGUGUGACGCGGGAAAUUUGAAAACACUGUGCUUCUUUUGCAGAAUAAAAUUUAAUUUCGUUUUUUAACCUAAAAUUUUUAAAUAAUCUAACCAUUUAUUGAAGAACUCUGGCCAUAAAGUACUGAUUGUUAAUGAAUUUCCAUUAAACAGUGGAAUCUUUUUGUUUUGACUACUUUUACUCCGCGCGAAAUUCGUUCAACGGCCGAUUUAGGGUAAGUGUGCCAAAUUCCGGCCAGCUUGUAAUUUCGGCCACAUUUUUUGUUCCUCGAAUUUCAAUGAAUUUUUAGUUUUUGCGUACUCUAGAAAUAAUACAAUGCGAAAGAAUAAUAAAAAAUGUCGAUUAGACGAACAAGAUUAUUUGAGAAAGAUAUUUGAGGAAUUCCGGAAGGGUAAGGAACUAUGAAAAUGAAAGUGGCCAAAAUAGGCCACCAAUAUUAUGUCAACAUUUUUAUUCAUUUUAGAAUGUAUUAAGAAUGAAUUUAGAGAAAAUAAAGACGGUAGACUGUCUACAAGUUUCCAAGGAACACUCCUUACAAAAAAAGUAACAAAUAAAUUCUAUUUGUAUUAAGAAUAUUACAUUUCAAACUUGAGACUUUGGCGCUUACAUGCAACUAUGCCGAAAUUUAGCACACUUACCCUAUUCAAAAGAAAGCCCCUGCGGGUAUGCAAAAUUUCUCGAUGCAUAAUGCCAUUUCGCACGUUUUUUUCGGUCCCGAAAAUAUGCAUAAUCCCGGAACUGAGUGUAAUCCUCGUGAGCAUGUUACUAGAGUAUAGUGAAAUCGAGAAUACAGUCUUCUUAAAAAUUCUUUUAAAAAAAAACAUUAAGAAGAAAAUCUAUGCCAAUUGAUUUUCCUAAUUAUACAUUUAUUUAAAUUGAAAAAUUGCUUCCAAAAUCAUAAGACUGAAAUUAAAACUUUAUAGGAACACCCUCUAAUUAAAAUUAAAGUAUAACUAUGCAAAUUUUCCUCUAAAGCCAAGUCAUCGAUGGUAGAAAAAAAAUUAAGGAUCAUACAUCGAUUUAUAUUUUUAUUUUCCCAUGACCAUAUUAAACCAGGAGAUGAUUUUUCUUCUAAACAAAGUCGAAUAACAUGAGCAUUUAAUGAUGUGUAUAGGUGAAAUACCAAAAAUUGGACAUUUCCACAUAUUAAAAAAAAAGUCAAUGUAAUUGAAUUUUAUGACGGAUUUUUUUAUCGUCUUGAAAGAACAAUAAAAAUAGUAAAUAGUGAA